GGGGAGCAAGGGAUGGGGUUUGCUUUGGGAAGGAAAAAUAACCCAGCAAGAUUUGGGACUUCCUCUGCUACAAGCUUUAUCACAGCAGAUUGCUUUGAGCUGAUCUUUCCCAUCCCUUUGGACAAUCAUACAAGAACAACUUGGCAUAACCUUUGCUCAGUUGUCUUUUAAGAACAAGAAGUGGGAAUUCUGGUGGUCCAGAGCCGACAAGAUUCCCUCGAGGAAAGUGUGAUAGCUACAGAGGAAAGUGCAAGACAAGCAUAGUAACGAAGAUGGUAGGCAGCAAAAAACACAGUACAGAAGAAGAACCCCAGGAAACUCCAAGAUUUCAACAAAAGACUCUGACGGCACCUGCUCCAUUCGCUGAUGAAACCAGCUGUCAGUGCCAAGCACCCCAUGAGAAGCUGACCAUUGCACAAGCGCGCCGGGGAACACCAGUUGACAGACCUGUUAGAGUGUAUGCAGAUGGAAUAUUUGACCUCUUCCACGCUGGCCAUGCUAGAGCUCUUAUGCAAGCCAAAACUCUAUUCCCAAAUAGCUACUUAUUAGUAGGAGUUUGCAGUGAUGAUUUAACUCAUAAAUUCAAAGGCUUCACUGUGAUGAAUGAAACGGAGCGAUACGAAGCCCUCAGACACUGUCGUUACGUGGAUGAGGUCAUCAGAGAUGCACCCUGGACACUGACACCUGAGUUCCUUGAAAAACAUAAGAUUGACUUUGUAGCACAUGAUGACAUCCCCUACUCUUCCGCUGGAUCGGAUGACGUAUACAAACACAUCAAGGAGGCAGGAAUGUUUGUACCUACGCAGAGAACUGAAGGCAUCUCCACGUCGGACAUCAUCACGCGCAUCGUGCGCGACUAUGACGUGUACGCGCGGCGCAACCUGCAGCGAGGCUACACCGCCAAGGAGCUCAACGUCAGCUUCAUCAACGAGAAGAAAUAUCGCUUUCAAAACCAAGUGGACAAAAUGAAAGAAAAAGUCAAGAAUGUGGAGGAAAAGUCAAAAGAAUUCGUUUACAAGGUGGAAGAGAAGAGCCAUGACCUCAUUCAGAAAUGGGAAGAAAAGUCCAGGGAAUUUAUUGGCAACUUUUUAGAGCUGUUUGGACCUGAUGGAGCUUGGAAGCAGAUGUUCCAGGAACGAAGCGGCCGAAUGCUCCAGGCUUUUUCUCCCCGGCAGAGCCCCAACAGCAGUCCUACGCGAGGCCGCUCGCCGUCCCGCUCGCCAUCUCCACCCUGGGUCAUCAAUAAGACCUCCCCUCCCUCUUCUCCAAAAGCUGCCUCUGCCUCCCUCAGCAGCAUGAGCGAGGGAGAUGAGGAUGAAAAAUAAAAUAUAUAUUUUUUUAACCAUGAGACAGAAGAACAAGCUAUGAACUCAACCACCGGAUGGGGAGAAGCGUGAGGAACACCAGAGGUAUCUCUGGCAGCAGGGAUCGUGCUCUGGGAGAUGUCAGAAAUGAACUGGAGCACAGCAAGGGAGAUCUCAGGAAGAGCUUAUCCCAUCCCCACUCCCUCACGGUGCUGGAGGCCCAGCCAGCAGCACUUGCCAGGCACAGCCCCAGGGACUGGCAGCAAACCACACCCAUGUGCAAUUCCUGCCCCUGUCCUGCUGCUUUCCAGCUGCUGCUCCAGGCACCGAGGGGGGCUGGCAGGAGCAGCCCAGCUGGCUCCCGAUCCAGACCCAGCACACAGGGAAGUGCUGGCUGCAGCCUGCAGAGAGAGAAGAUGCAGUUGUACCCUGCUGACCUUGAGCUCUUCUGGCACAUGAAGGAAUGGCAUUGCUGCAGCAAAUACAUUGAGAAACUGGGAAUAAAGUUGGGGGUUUUUUUCUUUUUGAAUAACAUCUACCCCAGAGCCCAAAUCAUGCACUGAAAUGAAGAGAUCUCCAGGCAAGUUGGUGAAAAUCCAUUUAACAUAUUCAGUGCUGCUUGUUGACCAAGCCUCUGCGUGGGGUGUAGGUAAGGAGUUGGGCUUUUUGCUUUAUCAGAUCACUUUCCAUGUUCCUAGUGCCUGAACAGCUGCCUAAUCACUUCUGGUUUGCUCCCUGGCUUUGCACUUUGAAGGCAAGAAAGUAAAUGAAAAGACAGCCAUAGCUGGAAUGUGGUGGUGUAGGAAAUAAGACAAUUUGAAGAUGCUGAUGGUUUUUACUGAUGAAUUAUAAAAAUAUCCCAAGGCCUUUGGACGUGGCCUCCUAGGAAAACCUGCUGCUCCCAGCUAUGUAUCAGCAAAUGACAAGCAAACAGUGCUGUUGUCACAUGGCAUUCAGCCAGUACAAACUUCUCAUCAAACUCCAAACAAGAUGUGUUCACAGACACACUGCCCCUGCAGAGGAUCCCAAGGUUAUUCCUCUACACUAAUAUGCAGAAAAAAAAUGUAAAAAACGAACAAAGAAACUUUUUGAACAGGAUUAGGCACAACUGUUUUCUUUCUCUGUCCAUGACAUGUGUACAGCCUCGAGCAGAAACACAGGUGAAGCUCUGUCCUCAGUGCUGAUCUUCCUAGCUGGCAAAGCCAGUCCUGCCUGACACCUGGUUCCACGUUCAGUCCCUCAGCUGACACCUGCUGGGGUGGCUGCAGGAGCUGGCAGGAUUCCUGAGCCCUGGGGCUGCCCCACAGCUGCAGGAGCCCCCAGCACUGUGCCACUGAUGCCACUUGGCUCCCCAGCUUGCCUGGCACAGCUGCCUCAGUGCACAGCCACGUUGGAGGCUCUCCAGCCCAGCAGCAGCUUUGGUGCCAGGCCAGCAGGUGACAGCUGCCACUGUCCCUGUCUCCCAGGCAGCCUGGGCAGGGGGCUGCAGCCACAGCAGCACUCCUGCACAGGCAGCACAGGAAAUGCUGGAGGAGGGAGGGCUCCAUGUCUCUCUUGGGAAAAAGCUGAGGGACGAGAUGCCCAAGCACGUGAGGUGGCUGUGCUUGCUGGCAGCAGCACCCCUGGCUGCUGUCCUUACCUGCCUGGGUGAUCUGCUCAGUAGGCAGACACCUUUCCAGACACUUUCCUGGGCAAGUAAAUUACAGACCUUGGUACCAGGCACCAAAUUAGCCCCACACUCUGCGCACUCCCUACAGCUUUCAUCCCUCCUCCACUACGAAGUGAGUGAUUUUUCUUUGGCAACGUUUUGCCAGACACUUCUCAGACCACCACAAGACCAAGUACAACAUCUCAUGCACUUUGUCCUCUGGAGUCAAGCUAGUUCCUUCACAGCUGCAAAAACAGGUGAGCAGGAAAUAGGGUGGAAUGUGCAAAGGGACAGCCACAGAUAUUUCAGCUGCCACCAGCUGUGUGCCUGAUGGGACGAUGCAAUUAAGACCUUUCUCAGCCUUAGGCAACCUGUUACUGUAAUUUCAUACCUGGGAUGCACUUGUCAGUUUUUCUGAUCCUUUGCAAGUCUUCAGUCUUCCCAUCACAAACCACUCCUCCACCACAGAACUGUCUGCUCCUACUGGUGCUGUUGAUAGACGAGCCAUAUCCACGUGCAAUGGAGGUGGGCAAGGAUUUGUUGUUCUUGGCUUUUCCCAUUGUUUCUUGUUCAUUUUAAUUUCCUAGCAGUUCCUGUUCAGCAGCCCUUGCUCAGUGGGUUAAGUGGAGACAGCACCACAACUUGUACAUGGGAAGUAGAGAAAAACUCACCAGUGACCUGUUCUUAACAGAAUGUUUCUCAGGGUCACAGGUGGCUACCCAGCAACAAAGCCAUAUUCUGUACCAGGUGUCUUGUUUGCAUUUAGGAUAUCACUAAGCUGAAGCCUUUGCCCUGCUGGUACAUUCACGUGCUGUCUCCUGCAAACCAGACCCUCAUGGUGUCUGGACACAUGGAAGACAAUUUUGCACUUCUGAGUCAUGGUUGGGUUUUCCUUUUCACAAGUAUUGCUUUAAUUUAGUCCUAUUUAUCAGCCAAGCUCCACAUGAACAAUAAAGUGUAUGACAGACACA